AUGGUUGGGCUUUGUUUGCUAUUGUUGGCAUUGCUGUUGGCCAAGUCACAGGCUGUUGGCUUUAAUUAUAAUCUACCCAAAGCCGUGUUGGAGCAGUUGAGCGGUUCGAGUAUUCAAUUCGAUGCUUGGACGCGGGAUUUAGGUAAGAAUCUCAAUACGGAGCAACAACAGCGAUUGGCUUGGAAUGUGCGAUUUCUGGAGAUGCCCAGAAGUGCAUCAGAAUUGAGGCAAUUGCAGCAACAAUUGAGUCCCAGCAAUGUUAACCAAAAUCCGCUCAAGCUCUGGCUUUGGAUAAGUUUCUACUGGCAACUGCGGCGUUCACAUCGACUGGACAAGGACAACAUGUUGCUGCCACACUUUGUGUUGACCCUGCGACAGCUGCAACAGCAGACACAAUUCGAGAACGAUCAACUGCAGAAUAUGUUGCAGAGUUUGCCGCGAUUUCUCAUCGACUUGGUGACAAGUCGUUGGUUAUGCCUAAAACAUGACAGAGAUCAAGUUUAUCUAUUGCCGGGAGGUGCAUUGCAACUGGGCGCCAAUAGCAACUGCAGCAUGUGGCAAGUGCAACGGGUUGAGGAACCUAAGUACUUUCUACGUCUGCAGAAUGCAUGCGAGGAGCAUUCAACUUGGUUCGUCAACAUGUUGCACACAGACACACACUUUCAGACAUACAUGUUGCUGGAUGCAAACAGCGACAAUGUCAACAUUGUGUGCCUGCAACAUGGAAACGUUCACCUGGAGCAGGCAAGGGGAUGGAACAAGGAUUGCCAAUGGCAGCUCAAUGAUUGCACACAAUUGCCAACAUUUCUCAAUAAAAACAAAAGGAAUCGAAAUACUUAAAAAGUGGGACUUUAAAAAAACGUAAAAUUUCAGAAUGAAUUUGUUUUUUAUAGGCUUAAACUUGAGCAAUUGCACCCAAUAAAACAGGGAAAUUAAAUGAAUAAAUCUAUAAAAAUGCAAAGAUCGUUCAAUAUAACCGAUAAUUUGUAAUAAUAUAAUA